GUCCACGCGACGAAAAUUAAUCUAAUAAAAAUAAUAUUAUCUAGUGAGCAUUUGUUCCAAUAGCCACAAAGUUGCUAUCAGCUCCGGAAUACGUAAUAAGUGAUAUGUUGCAGUUGUUUCGCGUCCGAUAGUUGCAGUUAUCAAAAGUCGUUUAGGUCGAAAAUGGAGGACGAUUUCGAAACGGUAGAGGAAGCGCCAAAAACGCCAAUCAAUUUUGGCGCGGCCGUUAUGCAAUCUCUAGCGAAAACCAUUGAAAACAUGGACUUACCCACCGUUCUAAAAAAGAUGGUUGCCACAAAUCCUGAGGACGAAGACUCUGAAGAGAUUCGUGAUAAACUCAAAGGAGUUUUAGAUCGUUUCAACUCGAUGAGUGACGAAGAAAAAGUUGCUUUUACGAAACAAGUAAAAGAUGGGUUGGUCAGUAAAAUUAGCGCCAAGCUACAAGAUCCUAAUGCAAUCAAUUUUGGUGGUAUCGAAGAGGCUAUAAGGGAAGCAGUUAUAUCUAAGCUGAUUAUGGCUGGAGUAGUGGCUUUUGUUCUAUUCCUGCUAAUUGUUUUCUUCGGCUACAAGCUGUACAAGUCGAUAAAGGAGAAAGAAAAGAAGAAAGAGGAGAAGAAGAAGGCGAAACAGAUGAAGAAGAAGAAAUGACCAGCUCACUGAACCGGCCACGCGGCGUCUCGACGAACCGGCGGUAAUGCCUCGGAAAUUGGAUGUUUUUUUCAGUUCAAUUUUCUCUCUGUUAUUAUGGUGCGUUUUUGUUUAAGAAAGUUCACAGAUACUCUUAUCUGUGUCUCUUGUUCUCUCUCUCUCUCUCCCAUUUUUGCGUAUUCCCAGUUGCACCCUACACUGCAUCGGGGCCAGAAUUGUUGGUAUUUAUUUUUCACAUUAUGAUUCAUAAUCAUAGAAUUUUCAAGCCAAGAUUUCUUCAGCUUGCCUUUUCUUACCUAGGAUACACAUUUGAUCCCCAGAUAAUCUGCCGCUUUCUUACAUUUUGUCUGCUGUCCCUGUUACGAUGAGAAAUGUCUCAUUCACCGCGUUUUUUCACUCCGUCACCGUUUUUAUCGACACCGCUACAACAUACCCCGCCAUUUCGGAACACUUUUUUGAAGGAUUUAUUAUUUAAAACUUUAUUAAGCCUAUAGAUCUAUAAUAUUUUAAGCAGUAAUUUAAAAGCAUCGAGUAUAAUAUCAGACUUACAGAAGAUGAUAAGGUACACUAACGUAUUUUAUUACCGACAUCGAUAACAUAGGCAAGCUGUUGUAAUUAAAAUUAGAUUUCCCUUUUCCGCCAUUAGAAAUGAGCACAAAUUUAAUUGCAUCGAAUACGCAGUGUUUUAUUUGGAAUAUAUGAUGAGAAUAGUCGCGAAAAAAUAUAAACAAUUAAUUUGGAAACCACUUCCAAACACUACCAAAAUUAAAAAUGUACCAAAAGACAUAUUUUUCGAAAAGUUUGUAAAUAAAGAUAUUAUGUUAAUACUAUUAUUGUUUAUCUUAUUAUUUGAUUCGCUUUAAAUUUAUAUCAUGUAAUUCAAUGAAAAUUUUAUUUAUUUGGUUUGUUAACUAAUAGAUCUCCAAUUUCCAAGGCAUUACAAUAAAAAUGACUGAUAUAAAAGAAAUUGUUAGAUAGUGUAAUUAAUUUUAUUUUGUUCGUUGUAACGUGAAGACAUUUUGAGUGUAUUAUUAAUGGUGAUUUGUGUUUAUUUACUGACGUAUUUAUUCCAAUAUAUAUUAAGGUAAUUUAACUUAGUGAUGGGCGAAUGCAAUACCAAAUAAAUUAAUUAAAAAAAAUACCACGAUGCACUCGUUAGUCAAGAACUUAGUUAUUUGGCGGCAAAUAAUUCGGUUUUUUUUACCACUGGUGAUAAUUUUAUUCUAUUGGUUUGAGAUAUAUUAUUGGUUAACUAAGAUGAAGAGGAUAUCCUCAGUGCAGGAAAUCGAGACAUAAACCUUGUCAUUAUCAACAUUUGUGACUUACCCCUCAAUUUUUUUCUUCAGAUUUAUCAUUAUACCGCGAUUACUGCUCUACCAAACGAAAAUUCAUUUGAGGCAAAUGGAAAUUUUUAGUAAUUAAUUUGGGGUCAAAUUGAAUCGAUACACUAUUUAUUUUGCUUUAUUAUCACCAGUGGGGGCAAAUAGGUAAUGUUGAUAAUGUGCAUUGCAUUUUACAAUCACUGAAAACUAAUUGUAUACUCAUACAUGAAUUUUAAGGUGCCAACAAAACUUUGGACUUUGGUUUUAUUUAAAGAAUAUAUGCUUACAUACUCCUUACUGAAAGUGAGAACAUAGUUUGAUAUUUGUUUUACAGACAUUAAAGAAUAUUUUUGAGAAAUUUAAUAAGUUUAGGUAUACUGACUCGAUUUGUUUGUGUUGUGAUUUUAACUAGGACUUUUAAAACCCCUAUGACAUCACAAUUAUGGCACAAUUUUCUGGUAUGCUGUUAUAUUUUAUAAAACAUUCCAUGUAUAACGUUCUGUUUAAAAAUAUAAUUUAUUUUUACAUGAAAA